AUGUCGUGCAGCCUGUGCCGUCUCCCCUUCACACCUGGUCCUAUCUCGGUGGAUCCCCAUCCACCUCCGCCAGGCAUUCUGAGCGAGAAGUUGUACAACUACUUCCGAUGGGGUGUGGCCAUGGGGAGCUGGGUGCCCGGCGCGGUUACCAAUUUAGAGUGGCUCGAUAACAAUUCGUUCGGCAAUAUGCCUUCCAUCCCGAUGGUGCUCAACGUCCAAUGGGAGUCACCGGGCGGAACUAUCUUGGUGUGCCACACUGUUUGCGCCACAAUCGUCCGGGCGACGUUCGACGCCCAAGAUGACUCCCUUCAAGCGUACACGGACCUCUGUCAGAUUGAGAAGGUUCUCGGUCGCCCUAUGAUGGGAGCUCAAGGUGGUCGUUUAUCUGACGUAGAUUAUGAGGGCGUCGGGCACAAAGUCGACCUUCGCCCAUUCUGGGCGCUCAAUAACGAAGAGCGUAAUAUUGAGUUCAACUGGCACGGCUUCAUGUCCAACAACCUUGGGUGGAUGCUGAACCGACCAGAUGUGUUCCCGAGGUUCAGACCCACAGUUGCCGCAGAACGCCUCAAUUUCGGGCCCUCGCCCAUUGCUACGAGCGAUAUUUUGACUACCCAACCCGUGGACAUCUUGCACGUCUUGUUAUCCUACCUUUCGGACGCCUCCUUUGUGCUCCUUCUGUCCACCUGUCGUUUGCUGCGGCGUCAUGCUCUAACUACUCUCCAGCCGCAUGCACGAGUCCGUGUGCUCGCCCUUGGGUGGGCAGUGCCACUUCCGCACGAAUAUGCGCGAGCGGCCGAGCUUCGCGCCAAGAAUGGGCAGGCGCCCGUGCCUAUGGCGCACGCACAGGAGUCACCGUACGAUGGCGAUUGGAUGCUGUACCUGUCGCAUGUGCACCGCUCGGCGGGCAUGCGUGUACGUCGUCAUCUCUGGGCGAUCGCCCUGGAGCUACGUCGUGCGUACGACGAGAAGUUGGAGCUAAGUGAGUAUGCGGACGUCCAAGAUGAGAACGGUAAGAUGGUGCCGAGCAAGGCGAGGAAAGAGCUUGAGAAGUUGGUCGAGCCCUUGUUCUUCAUAGGGCAGAUCUUCAGAAACAAAGUUCCUCGGUCAGAGAUGGCCAAAUACAUGCAAAAUGCACCACAGUGA